UGUUGCGCCCGAAACGUCGUGAUUUAUUUUAAUUUUUUAGCAGACGUGCAAACUUACGUGUAUUGGAGGACAAACUCGAGUGAGACGUAACAGGGCUCGGGCAGGACACGCCGCUCGAUGGGACGAUGUCCGCUGGUUGCAGACUAACAAGGAUGCGGCGACCGAAGUAGAGAAAAAAAAAUAGACACAAAUUCACGACCGCUGCGGAGACGGAGCAAUCAGUUUGAGCUUGCGCGCAGGAGCUAGAGGGAUCGUUGAAUCGAGAGUCCUCAAGAGAGACGCCGAAGGUUUUAGGAGGCCUUCAUUCAUCAGUGGAUAGACCAUGGCUGCUGCUGCUGCUGAUGAUGAUGAGUGCCAGUCACAUCUAUGUAAUCCUUCCCGCUAGCUGACUGGAGCCGUAUGCUUUGUGCCGUUGCCUGAGCAGGUGCCACAGCCAAACCAACAAUGACCUUCGGAAAUUCGAACAAACCAAGAUGCCGCGGGAUAACGCCGUACGAAUACAACUGCCAGUGGCUGCCGGGCCUGCAGGACACCGAGGCGACCAGCUACACCCUUUCCAUCUUCAUCGAGAAUGAAACUCCGCAGCACCUGAUGAUUGCGUGCCCCACGCAGCCUCGGUGUCCACCGUACUCCUGCCCCUUCAAAGCCGACGCCAUGGACUCCGAGUCGUAUGCUGCCACGGUGAUCGCGGAGGGAGGGCCGGGGGGCCGCGUGCUCAGCGACACUUACAGAUUCAUCCCGAUCAAUAUCGUCGAGCCCGACCCUCCGGUGGAUUUGCGGGCCAUGCCGAGAGGCGGGAGCGAGGACGAGAUCUUAGUGACGUGGAAAUUCCCUCCGACGUGGCCAGAAGUCGACCGGAUGUUCCCCCUCCAGAUUGAACUGCAGUACAAGCUCGCAGAGCACGACGAGCAUUAUAAGAAUGUGACAGCCGACAAAGGCGCGAGGCGGUUCGUGAUUGUGAACACGAGGCCCGGAGCCGCCUACAAAGUGCGCGCGCGCGCCCGGGAGUGCAUCAUGCUCGGCUUGUGGAGUUCGUGGACUCGGGAGAUCACCUCCUCACCCCGGAGGUCAAAGGCAGCAGACACAGCAAGCCACGUGCGAGCCAUUGCCAGGACAAGAACAUCAACAGCAGCAGCAGCGAUGGCAGCGAUGACAACAGCCUCUGGCAUCUCAAGCACGGCACACACCUGGAGCCGUGGGGUCCGUCGGCACGGAAAGAGGCCGCAGCUCCACCACGGCACCCUGCACAUAUCGGACACGGUCACUGUGUCACACGAGGCCGGCGCAUCGCCGCCUCCCGAUCCGGACACCCACGUGGAGACAGACGCCUGCUCCCUGAGCUUCAAGACGAAGGCCUUGUGCCUUCUCGCCGUCGCCACGGCCACAGCCUUCAUAACCACGGCGAUGGUCCUGUGCAUCUUCUACCUCUGGAGGAAACCGAUGGGACACGUUAAGAAGUACUUGGCGGCUGUCGGCCAGACCGACGGGACAACCAAGUGCCCGCCCACGGCCACCGCCACCGCCAGCCCCCCCGGGACCGCCGGCCCUCCGACCGCCCCUCACUUCCACGAGGGCCCGCCGCCCAUCGAGGGAGAGGAUUCCAGCGUCGUGUGCGAGAGCCUCAUGAACUGGGAGUACUGGGCAGCCGCCAGCAAUCCAGAGCCCCCAUCCCUGGACAGCAGAGGCGCUGCCACUUCUCGUGCACACCCACUGCAGGCCUGAAGCCGCCGCCGCCGCCGCCGUCGCCGUCCGAUUACCCGUCAGAGUCGAGAGGUCGCCACGGCGAUCGCUGCUGACGUCCACUCCUUCCUGCUGUCGGAUCCCGUAGUCAUCGUAAAGUUAACCCUCGACCGGCGAGGUUGACCUCUCACGGUCAGGUCUAUUGGUCGAACCAGGUCAGAGGUCGAGAAACCAGCGUGACCUCGUUCGUGCCGCGGUGGCGAGAUGUUAUCUCCCUCGCCUGGUACGCAGGAGGUCGUUUGGUUCGGUCCCGGCCCUGACGCCUGCUGCUGUAUAUUUGGAAUGUGCGUGUUCUCUCUCCCCGUGGUGGCGUCGAUUUUUCCCUCCGCAUUUAGAAUCAUGCUCGAGAGAUAUAUUUGACUGCUACUAUAAAUUCCCACACAUGAUAAGCCACGUCGUUGAGCUAGCAGUUGUGGCCAGGUUGCUUCUUUAAAAAAAUAGCUAAUAGGUAAGUAAAACUGCUUAAUUUUAGUUUAGUUUAAAAUAGCCAUCAACCUGGGUCACUGAAAUGACAAAAGCAAAACGAAUCCGAGUUAUGGUAUCUCACCAUGGCCACUUGGUGUUGGGUCCUCCCCUUGUUACACGUUCUCACCUCUAGAGAGGGUGUUUUGGCCUACCCUUCGACGCUGGCCAGACGCCUUGGAAUAGGUGGGAGUACUCAGACUUUACCCCACCGCAGCCUGCCUGUAAAGUCGUCGUUCACGCAUUGCGAGGCAUUCCAUCAAGUCCUUUAGGAAUGUUUAUUUAUAAGUGGGACAUUCCAAAUGUACAACGGCCAUGACUUUAGAUUCUACUUGAAACUGCCAUAGAGUUUGUGUGUGCGUGGCUUGAUGUCCUGUACGGAACAAUUCAUCGUUUAUAACAAUGCAUAAUUCUAACAUUACUAAUUCAGUCUAACAUUAUGAAGUAGCUGGUGUGUGCAUUUUUUAGACAACAAAAACAAUUCCAACAGAUUAUCAUGCUCAUGAAGUUAUGCUGAUAAGUUUAACGGUGACAUUUAACAACUAUUUUGGCCGUAUUUAACCGUUCAGAUCAUAUUAUAAUCACUAUACGAUUUAAUAAAUAUACAUCUUAAAAUUC